GGGGGGGAGAAAGCCGGGGGAGAAGCCCCUCCACCUAACACCAAACCCAGACCGGGUGGGGGGAAGAUGUCUUCUGCCUCUCCCACCACCGCGAUUCCCAGCGUGGUGGCGACGAUCAAGCAAGAAAACGUCCUGGAAAUGUUCUGCGGCGGGGCGAAGGUAACCUCGGGCGGCUCGGCUCCCACGUCUGCACCGCCUUCUGGUCUCGCGGCGGCGGCUGCGGCUCCUUUUGCUAGGAAGGAAGAAGCCGGGGAAGAGGAGGAGGACGAGGAGGAGGAGGAGGAGGAAGCAGCAGCCGGUAGGGUUGCGGGUCAAGUUCUACUCCAUUCGGAACUUUUGGUGCGGAAUCCCGGCGCCGUGGCCGCCUCGUCUCCCUUGUCGUCGCCUUCGCCUCGGUCGGCGUCCUCGUCGCCCCAGGCUCUGCUGGCUUUCUCCCCGGACCACGUCGCUUGCGUCUGCGAGGCUUUGCAGCAAGGCGGGAACCUAGACCGCCUGGCCCGGUUCUUGUGGUCCCUGCCCCAGAGCGACCUGCUACGUGGCAACGAGAGCCUGCUGAAAGCCCGGGCGUUGGUGGCUUUCCACCAGGGCCUCUACGCCGAGCUCUACGGGAUUUUGGAAAGCCACAGCUUCGACGCCGCCAACCACCCUCUCCUGCAGGAACUCUGGUACAAGGCGCGCUACACCGAGGCGGAGAGGGCCCGCGGCCGACCCCUGGGCGCCGUCGACAAGUACCGCCUGCGCAGGAAGUUCCCGCUGCCCCGCACCAUCUGGGACGGCGAGGAGACGGUCUACUGUUUUAAGGAGAAGUCGCGCAAUGCCCUCAAGGAGCUCUACAAGCAGAACCGCUACCCUUCCCCGGCCGAGAAGCGCAACUUGGCCAAGAUCACCGGCCUCUCCCUCACGCAGGUCAGCAACUGGUUCAAAAACCGGCGGCAACGGGAUCGCAACCCCGCGGAGCCCCAGUCCAAAAGUGAGUCGGAUGGUAAUCCCAGCACAGAAGAUGAAUCCAGUAAGGGGCAAGAGGACUUGUCUCCACGUUCCCUUGCAAGCACCUCUGAUGGCGGCACCAGCUUAAGCCUUCCUAGCCCAAUGGAGCAAGUAUAUAUGCAGCAACUUGGAAACUCCAAAAUAUCCUUAAGCUCUUCAGGAGUUUUGCUGAAUGGAAACCUUAUGCCUCCCAAUCCAUCUGUUUUUCUUAAUGGUACUUCUUUCAUUCAGGGCCCCAAUGGUCUCCUCCUCAAUGGUCUCAGUGUGGGAUCUUCUCAGGCGGUAUCAUCAAGUCCACUCAAAACAUCACCCAAUGCUUUGAGCAAUGGAGUCUCCAUGGGUGACAUGUUAGUCCCUUCCUCAGAAGAUGUGAAAGACUUCAAAAUCCUCCAGACUUCUCUGUCCAAUUCCAUUGCACCAUCAACACCCACAACAACAUACAGUCCCAAUUCUGGGCCUGCCUCUUUCCCAGGCUUGACACCAAGCAUGGAAGUAAAGAGGGAAGAAAGUGAAGAAGCAAUAGCAUCACAAGACAGUGGCUCAGUUGUCACUUUUACCACUCCAAUCCAAAUCAACCAAUAUGGCGUUGUCCAAAUCCCUAAUUCAGCAAACAGUGGCCAGUUACUUAAUGGAGGCCUCAGUUUUUCUCCAAUGCAGCUGCCUCCAGUAUCAGCAGCAACUUCCCGAGGUAGUCUUUCCAUUAACCAAGGCACAUCAAGCAAUGGCACAUUUACUACUGACUCUACGAUAGCACAACAAGGGAAAGUGUUUUUCAGCUCCCUUGCUCCCAGCACUGUGGUGUACACCAUCCCGAACACCACCCAGGCAGUUGAGCCGGUGAAACAGGAAGGACUGGAAACGAGCCUGGUGUUUUCUCCAGUCAUGCCCCUUGGUCAAAAUGCCCAACUUCAUGCUCAUCUACCUUCAGACAACUUACCCAAUGGGGUCCUCCAGCCAGGAGGAGCCUCCUCCUUAGUUAACGUGACUAUAUCGCAUAACUUUUCCCUUGGACCACCUUCCCUUUUAACUGCAGAAGAACUCAACUCAGCCAUUUCUGAGAGCCCACCAAUGCAACCCCCCACGACAAGUGGGCCGACUGUUGUUUCCAUUAGUAAUGCAAACUAUGCAACACUUCAGAACUGCUCCCUCAUCAACAGCCACGACCUGGUGUCCAUUUCUCCAGUGCAGCCGGCGCUAACAGGGAUCGGUGGGGUAGCAAGCAAUGACAUUGGAUCCCACCCCUCUUUGCAAGGACAUCCCCAUUUCACUCGAGAACAGCGGCUGAUCCUGCAGUCCAUUCCCACUCUAAAGGAAAACUUUCUAACUGAUUCAGAAAGCAGAUCAGGAAGCAGUUCGGUGAUGCUGGAUUCCAAAACCAAAUAUGUUACUAGCAAUAUAGUCAAUACCAUCUGUGAAGAACUGGGGACAGACAAGAAACAGCUGGCUAAACUCCAGACAGUACAGAUGGAAGAAGAUAUGCAAGACUUGUAAAAAAAAAAAACCCAACAAUUUAAGAUUAAUAAUCUUGUAUUUGCAUUUCAGUAGAAAAAUAUCUUCCUUUGAAGACUAGAAGCACAGCAGUGGGGGGUUCCCCCCCCAUAGGCAUAUAGAAAAAUUAAAAAAAUGCACAGUUGAAGAAGAAUCUAGGUCUUCACUAAGAAUACAAAGUUGCCAUGCAAAUGUUUGCAUGAAUGCUCACUUUUGUUAAGCCUGAUCAAAAGGAAUCAUACAUGGCUGGAAGGGAAAUGCCAGUCAAAUAUGAGAUGGCUUGGCUUAUCCAAGUAGCUUCUUUGGACAGGGAGAGAAUCAAGGUAAUUUCAGAAUGUUUAUUAACCGAUAGCUAUUGGUUAGGAACAAGAUUAUCUUUUUAAAAAGACUGGAACUAAAAGAGAAAAGACAUACUGGGUUUUUUUUUUGUUUUUUUUUUGUCUAGAUUCAAUUUUACUUAUAGAUGGUGGGCAUUGAGAAAGUGGUAUUUCAGUUUUCAAUUUUAAAGGAGUACUUAGGUAAUACCUCAUAAGCUACUGUUACUUUCUUUUGCGAGCACAAUUGCAAAUACUCUCUUUGGUGUGUGCGUAUGUGUGUGUAUUUGUUGUUAAAAGUUUUCCACCAGAAUAUCACUCUCUGCACUCUCAAUUUUUUUAUAGUUUUGGAAAUGGUGCAAGUUUUCUUUGUCUUGUUUGAAUCAGUAGAGGAGGGGAAGAAAACAUUUUGCCACUUGAAAUUAUGCAACCCAGAAUCCUUGGCUCUGCCAAUAAUAUGUAAAUAUUAUUUUAAUUGUGCUAAUGAGAAUUGUUUUUAUUAGUAGGAUGAUUCUAUUUAUAAUCAUUGGUGUCCAUUUUAUCAUUUUGAGAUACGAUGAGCAGUUUAAUUUAUUUUUUCUUUCUGUAUUUUUGAACAGGAAAUUAUUUCUGCCUAUUUUUAAAGAUUUCUUUCCCCUAUAAAGCUUUAAUUGAUUUUCUUUCUCUUUUUUUGGUAACAAUUUGGACUAGUCUUAUAUUUGACUAUGAACAAAUGCAGUUAUAGGCUUUGGGGAAACACUUGUGAAAGUGUUACUUCUGUUUUAGUUUUAGAUAAUUUUAAAAGGUUUGAGGAUGGCUGCUGGUUGGUUUAUUUUUUAAAUCCUAUGUGCCUUUCUUCUUAGUGGCCUUAAAUCCUUGUUCUAACCAGCACAGCUGUUAAGCAGUGAAAGAAUCUGCCUAGAACAGUGGUAAAUUCCUCUUUGCUGGAGGUUUUCAAACAGGUUGGUUAUCCUCCAAGGAUGAUUUAAUUGAAUCCUGUACUGAAGGGAGGGUUGGACUGUAGAUGAUCCAGAAAGUCCCUUCCACCAAAUAUAUUCUAUGAUUCGUCAACAUAGGAAAAGAGAAGUCUGUCUGGCAGCAAUCAAAACAGUGGUCCUAAUUCCCUUACAUAUGCAAGUUCCCUUUGAAAAUGCCAUUGCUCUGAUAAAUAAAGGAUGAGAGAUUUCCAUAAUGCCGUGUUUCCCUGAAAAUAAGAGCCUGUCUUAUAUUUUUUUGAACCCUGAAAUAAGCACUUGGCCUUAUUGCCAUGCGCUCAAAAGCCCGGUUGGGCUUAUUAUCAGGGGAUGUCUUAUUUUGGGGGAAACGGUAGUAGAUGUGAAAUAAAUACAGGAUUCCUCUGACAAAUGGUAUGUUGCUUAUAAAUAUUCAAAAUAUUUUCCCUUCUUCCUCCAUAUUCCAUCCCCAACUUGUUGAAUUGCAAUUGUUUGGCAAAGAGAGCUCAUGCCGUCAUUCAUUCAGCCUUUCUGCAUGUCAGAAUGUGCUUACAGGUCUACGAUUUAGGUAAACAUCAGUGAUACAACUGAAUGUAGGAAUCUCCUCUAAUAGAGUGCUUUUUGCUAUUGUGAUCAUACACAAAAUCAUUCUCCCAAUCUUAUUUCUAACUUGUCUCUUUUUGCAAUAUACCAAAGAUGAGGAAGAAUGAUCUGGUAAGGUUAUCUCAAGAACCUCUGCAGAAAUAGAACAUGUCAGCAGUUGCUGCCUGUACUGCAAUUGUUAUUAGAUCAUUAAAGGGGAGGGGGAAACACAUAUUUGGAACAUUAUUCGUAAACAACUGUGUACUUAGGAAAAACAGGUCUUUUCCAAAUCCACCAUAUAGCAAGAACCUGAAGGCUAUUUGUUUUAAGCCAAGAUCCUUCUUCCCUCUUGUUUGAUUUAAUGAGAUGGAAAAGAUUGCCUUACUAGCUUUUAUCCGUCUGCCUGGAUUACCAGUUAGGGCAAUUCCCAUCCAUUGAAAAAUCUUACCAAAGGCUGAUAGAAUGUGCAUAUAGUGGAAGGAAGCUUUUGAUGUAUGAAUGAGAACCCAUAAUGUAGUCUUCUUGAGGUGUUCAAUACAGACAUCAUACUUGGAUCUCUUGUGCUUAUUGCUUUUCCUGCACAUAGAAAAAAAUAAAUUUCACAGCUAGUUUUUGAUUUGGCGGAGGAAUUGCUUUCCUAUCAGUAGCCUGUUUUCAAACACAAAAUGGUGCAAUCUACAAGAAGCUGUAUCACGAGAUUCUGCUGCACAUGUAAGUGCUCUGUUUAAGUUGCUGAGACGUAGAGGUCCAUCUUAAAUGAAUAAAAUGGUAGGUUAAGUGGUUGCACCCAAGAUUGUCCUGACUCUGGAGAAAAGCAUCUCUGGCUUCUUUCAUUUGAGAGAAUAGCUGCAGAAAUGGGGGAGGGGUUAUAGUAGAUAUAAUUACUCCAAUCAGUAGUAUUCCUACUACCAGAGAGAGGCUGAGCCAAGUAGUUAAUUGAUCAUCUGUUCUGAGAGGAGUAAGUUGUCCUUCUGUAUGUGAUCUAAAUUAAUGCAAUUUUGUAAUUUUAGUAAACUUGUAAGAACAGUAUCAAAGUUGUUGUCCGGGUUGGUACUGUAUUGUACUGUAAGUUUAUUUUAAAGAGAUUAACAUUAUUUCUCCAGCAAUAUAGAAAACUGCUUAGAAGAAUCGUGGAAGUCAUAUGCCUGUAAUUCAUAAAGAUUAUCCUUUCCACUUUAGCAGCGCUUCCUACUCAGAAAUCGGUACAGCUUCCCAAGAUGUAAAGGAAUCUAUUUAAAGGAAAAUCAAACUUAUGAAUUGCUUAUUCCCACAACCAUUUUUCAAGUGGGAAAAUGUAUUGGGUAGCAGGCCCCUUCACUGUGCAAAAGGUGUGUAUGUGUUGGGGAAAAUGCCCACAAGAUGGAUAUUUCAUCUCAGAAAUCUGUAUGCACUUUCCAAUUGCCACGAAUGCAUCCUAGAAACUAUGAUAAUAAAAAAAAAAACCAGGUUUAGAAUUCCCAACUUGAAAUAAUUGUCUUGAAAAAAACAGAGGAUCCAGUUUCAAGACGACUAAGGUCCUCUCCAAAAUGUGGCACAUCUACCGUGUUUCCCCGAAAAUAAGACCCUGUCUUAUAUUUUUUUUCGAACCCUGAAAUAAGCACUUGGCCUGAUUGCCAUGCACUCAAAAGCCUGAUUGGGCUUAUUAUCAGGGGAUGUCUUAUUUUGGGGGAAACAGGGUACCCACCUACAUGGUCGCGUGCUGCUGUCAACACUGUUGGGCUGAAGAACUUCUGGUUCAGCAGUGGCACUGCAAAUAUACUUGCCUUGGCCCAGGUCUCUUCCUUUCCCACCUGAGGUUAAAAAGAUAUCAGGCCACAGCAUUGUUUCGCUGACUCUGUAACAUGAGGGGGGAACAACUGUGCUCUCACUUGUCAUGGUAAGUGGUCACUUUAAAAAACCAACUUAUGAAUACAUACUUGUGAAGUUAGGAAACUAAUCAAGGCAUAUGUUUCUGCAUUCCCCAGUUACUUAGCUGAAGGGGAUACAAGAGCUGUUCAACUGAGAAAAAUCACAGGGCUCUAUGAAACGGUUUGUGAUAGUUUGGAGGUGAUCAUGACGGCUAUGCAAAAAGGCUGUGUGGUAAAUGAUAAAUGUCUUGGUUUCAGCCAUGCACCCUACUUUGUUCCAGGCUAAACACUAAAUCAUUUUGACUGCUUUUUAUAGUUAUGGCUGGAUUUCUGUUGUAACAAUUAUGUAUCCAAAAGUGAACAUCCCCUCAUCUAAACCAGUGGCUCCCAACCUUUUCGUCACUGUGGACCCCCUUUAAAUACCUUUUCUGGCCACAGAACCCCCAAGACCUGGUUUAAAUCAUAACAUUUCUUCAAACAUUUGCGGACCCACCCCCCAAAAUUACUUGGAAGAAGUGUUUCACAACUCACAUGAGAAUAGUGGAUCUCGGCUAUUCAUUAAAGCAGUCUUCUUUUCCAGCCUUCCAAGUAAGGCUGAAUAAAAGAUGACACUUUUUAAGGAGUGAAAACUUACUGGGACACCUAAAUAGUCACAACAUUUUGUCAGGCUUGUAUUGACAGCAAAAAUAGUUGAGUUACUUUAUUAUGUAAUUUAUUUUCUGUGUUAUAUUUUGCCCAAAUGAAAAAGAAAAAUUGAAAAAUUUUAGAAUUCUGCAACAAUAGAGUUGGAAGGAGCCAUUUGGGUCAUCAAUUCCAAUCCUAUGUUUAGUACAGAGACCUAGAUUAAAAUAUCCCUAAUGUCUAUUCAACUUCUGCUUUAACUAAUCCUUCCUUGAUAAUGGGAAUCAACAUUUUUCCUACUAUGAAAACGGAAUGCAAGUUUAAUAUGUUCAGUAAAUUGCUCCUUCCCUGAUCUUCCUUAGUGCCUUUCUCUAAAUCUGUUCCAGUUUAUCUAAAUCCUUUAUAAAGUGUGGUGCCCAGAACUGGAGAACAUUAUUCAAGAUGUAGCUUGACCAAUGCAAAAUAAAGAAAAACUGUCAGUUCUUAAUUUGGAAACUUUCUUCUUUUGAUUCAGCCUACAAGGGCCUUUUGUCUUCUUUGCAGUAAUAUCAGACAAUUGUCUCAUAGUGUUUCUUAUUAAUUGUAAUUCCAUGGUUUUUUCCCCACAAAUAAUAUUGCCAAUACUAGACAUUUGAAUUCUGCUUUGUCUUUGCUUCUGUUACAUUUCAUUCUUUGUUUUCAGCCCAUUUCUCUAACUUCUUCAGAUUAUUUUGAAAUUUAGGGUUUUUUUUGGAGGAUGUUAGCUUUUUUCUACAACCUACUGUUGUGUCAUCUACAAAUUUAACAAGCACCACCAUCUCAUCAUCCAAGUCAUUCAUAAAAGUAUUGAACAGUUGUGGGCCCAGUGUGAAGCCUAUGGAAUCCUACACAGCUCCCUUCAGUUUAGUGUGGUUUGCUAGUGAAGAAUGUUAAGUUAUCCUUUGAUCAUUACGUAUAUCUCAUAGUAACCAGCCUUCAGUAAAUGGCUAUUGUCCAACUAAAUACAAGUAAGCAAGAAUCUGUUCGUGGGAGGAAUAAAGCAGUCUUUCUUUCCUGUUAUCAGGGGAAUGCAUGUUACUAGAGGUAGUGAAGGUUUUGAACUAUGCCUAAGCUGCUUCUGCAGUUCAUCACUCAGCAGUCAUAUCUUAAAAGGAUAGAUUGACAUGUUUUCUAAAUUUCUUGUAAUAUUUUAAUAACUUAAUUUUAUACUUCUCAACUUAAUGAAGAAAGAAAAGCAUGUGAAUAUUUCAAUCAGCUUGGACCGUGUCCAUUUGUUGCCCACAAUUUUACACCUAGAACAAAACUUAUUUUGGUAAAUCAAUAUGGUUUUGAUUGUGCCUUAUGACAAAAGAAGAAAAUUACAUGGAAUGUAGAUGUUAGGAGGCAAACAUGUUGCUGCACUGUUAAAGAAGGAUGCAUUGCAUUUCUGGAGAGAUUGUUGUGCUUUGCUCCCAAACCAAAGAGAUUGGAAAAUAUGUAUGUAUGUUGUACUGAAUAGAGCAGUGUGUCUCAACCUUUGCAACUUUUAAGAUGUGGCUAAGCAUUGAAGAACACAUAUCUUCAAGUUGUCACAGUUGAGAAACAUUGAUGUAGAGGUUUGUGCCUGGAAAAUUGUGUUUUUGUUUGUUUGUAUUCUGAAAUGUGAACUUAUUUUUCUAAACAAUAUAUACUGAAUAAACUUUAUAUUUAUAAAGGG